AUUGUUGUGACUGCCGUGCGCAGAGCCGCGCAGUGCUGUGCAGAGCUGGUGUGUGAAGGACGCAGUUCUCUCUCUGCUGUGGACAGACAACGGACGCAGGAGGCUGAGCUGCACACACACGAGCAGCGGAGCUCAGAUCUCAGCGGGAUAAACUCACAGAAGCGCUGCGUAAAACACGCGUAAAGACUCUUAUUAUCCAAGACGGUACAACUGUGGAACGCUGAACUAUUGCCACGUUUAAUCACCCUAUCAGGCUCUUUCAUUCAUUCUCUCGCCAUCGGAUCUUUUUUUUUUUCUCCAAAGGCGAGAAAGGGCAGUUUGUUGUUUUUUACACGCGUAAAAUCCAACCUUCUCUCGCUCUUUUUGUGGCUUUCUUUCCCUCCAUGGAUUUAGCUCUCUGAGAAAGCAGGCUGCACUGGACUUUGCCCCGGAGAUCCCAGCUCCUUCCGCCGGUCAGCAGGAGAGCCAGCUGUCGUUCACGUCUCACGGGGCUGCUGUUUUUGAUGGAUUUAUAAACCGGAUUCAAGACCGGGUUUUUGGAAAAAAAAGGAAUAGUACUGGAGCUCCAAAUGAGGAUUUCAGUGUUCGCGCGUAUCGACCGGGACAUGGAGUGACUUCCCCUGGUGCCAGGCAUCACGGCCAAGACAGACGGGGAAGAAAAGGAUCAGGAUUGAGAGAGUUUGUGGGUUUCUGAGAUUGCCAAUGCAAGGGUCGGGAGUGUGAGGCCAAAUCAGGCUUCCAGCGUGUGUUUCUACCUUUUCUACACGUGUCACAUCCGGGCAAUGGCGAGGGUCUGCACGUUCUGCGUUCUCCUGCUCUGCUUGAUGGACACGGUGUCGGCGAGGGCCAUCGAUGAAAGAAGAACUAAAGAUUUCCGCGUCUCCAGGCCUCUGAUGGUACCAGGUUACCCAGAAAACACCACGGUGGUGGUGGGCGGGCAGGCAAAGCUGCUGUGUAAAGUCCACAAGCCGGCGUCCACUAAGGUGCAGUGGCUGAAGAGAGAGGCCAGCACCCCAGGACAGAGCCAGGGGGAACCUCCUCUUCUCAGGCCUCUCACGGUCCUGCAGAGCAACGCCUCCAAGGUUUACACCCUGCAUCUGUCCAACAUCACUGUAGAGGAUGAAGGAGAGUACAUCUGCAUGGCUGAGAGCGUCCACGCAGGACAGACAGUGCAGGCCAUGCAGUCAGCGUGGUUGGACGUCCUGUCUGGUGCCAUCAUUUCCCAAACUGUGGACCUCACUGCUGCUGACGUCCCCCCAGAUGUUCUUGAGGAGCUGAGCGAGGACACGACCGAGCACCUUCUCCUCGAGCCGGGCAACAUGCUGAAGCUGCGCUGCGACAUGAGCGCGCGGCCAGGCAUGGCAGUCAACUGGUACAAGGAGGGAGUGCGUGUUCUGCCCACGCCCCGGAUCCAGAUCCGCGGCAUCAUCAUGGAGAUCACGGACGUCACAUAUGAGGAUUCAGGCGUUUAUGUUUGUGUUCUCCGCGGGAGCAAAGAACCCGUGAGGAACUUCACCAUCACUGUGACGGACUCGUUAGGGUCAGGAGACGACGACGAGGACAACGGUUUGGAGGACUCGUCGGCUGAGAUCGAGAAUGACCAGGUCUACUUCUCCAGAGGUCCCUAUUGGACUCACACCCAGCGCAUGGAGAAGAAGCUCUACGCUGUCCCCGCAGGCAACACGGUGAAGUUCCGCUGUCCGGCCAUGGGCAGCCCCAUGCCAAACAUUCGCUGGCUGAAAAAUGGACGUGAAUUCAGAGGAGAGCAUCGCAUUGGCGGAAUAAAGCUAAGGCACCAGCACUGGAGCCUGGUGAUGGAGAGCGUGGUUCCUUCAGACAGAGGAAACUACACCUGCAUGGUGGAGAACAAAUAUGGAUCCAUCUCUCACAGCUACGUCCUCGAUGUUCUCGAGCGCUCCCCUCACAGGCCCAUCCUACAGGCUGGUCUACCGGCCAACACUACAGCCGUGGUGGGCAGUGACGUCCAGUUCCACUGUAAGGUCUACAGCGACGCCCAGCCUCACAUUCAGUGGCUCAAACACAUCGAGAGAAACGGCAGCCGCUACGGUCCAGACGGGACGCCUUACGUUCAGGUCCUCAAGACUGGCAGUCUGAACAUGUCAGAAGUGGAGGUGCUCUACCUGUCCAAAGUUACCAUGGAGGACACCGGAGAAUACACCUGUCUGGCUGGAAAUUCCAUUGGUUUUGCUCACCAGUCUGCCUGGCUCACCGUCCUCUCAGAGGAGGAAGCAGCAGACGCUUUGGACACGAUGGAGACCAAGUACACCGACAUCAUCAUCUAUGCAUGUGGCUUCCUGGCUCUGAUCAUGGCCAUCGUCAUUGUGGUGUUGUGUCGAAUGCAGGUCCAACCCAGGAGGGAGCCGUUUGAUGCUCUUCCUGUCCAGAAGCUCUCCAAGUUCCCUCUCCGCAGACAGUAUUCAGUGGAGUCAAACUCAUCAGGGAAAUCCAGUGCGUCUCUGAUGAGAGUCGCCCGCCUGUCGUCCAGCUGCUCUCCCAUGUUGGCUGGAGUCAUGGAGAUCGAGUUGCCCUAUGACCCAGACUGGGAAUUCCCAAGAGACAAUUUGACUUUGGGCAAACCUCUAGGAGAAGGCUGCUUCGGCCAGGUGGUCAGAGCUGAGGCCUACGGCAUCAAGGACUGUCUAGACCAGGCCACCACUGUGGCGGUGAAGAUGCUCAAAGACGACGCCACAGACAAAGAUCUGGCCGAUCUCAUCUCAGAGAUGGAGCUGAUGAAGGUGAUGGACAAACACAAGAAUAUCAUCAACCUGCUGGGCGUCUGCACACAAGAUGGCCCUUUAUAUGUGCUGGUGGAGUUUGCCUCCAAAGGCAGUCUGAGGGAAUACCUGCGGGCCCGGCGACCCCCAGGCAUGGACUACACCUUUGAUGUGACCAAGGUACCUGAGGAGCAGCUCACCUUCAAAGACCUCCUGUCCUGUGCCUACCAGGUGGCCAGAGGGAUGGAGUACCUGGCUUCUAAAAGGUGCAUACACAGAGACUUGGCGGCCAGAAAUGUCCUUGUGACCGAGGACAAUGUGAUGAAGAUUGCCGACUUUGGCCUGGCCAGAGGAGUCCACCAGAUCGACUACUACAAGAAAACCACCAACGGACGUCUGCCGGUGAAGUGGAUGGCACCAGAAGCCUUGUUUGACAGAGUCUACACACACCAGAGCGACGUGUGGUCAUUUGGCGUCUUGAUGUGGGAGAUCUUCACGUUGGGCGGCUCACCGUACCCCGGCAUCCCCGUCGAAGAACUCUUCAAGCUGCUGAAGGAAGGACAUCGAAUGGACAAACCCUCCAACUGCACACAUGAACUCUACAUGAUGAUGCGUGAGUGCUGGCACGCUGUUCCCACCCAGAGACCGACCUUCAAGCAGCUGGUCGAGGAGCUGGACAAAGUGCUGUUGUCCAUCUCUGAUGAGUACUUGGACCUGUCGACGCCCUUCGAGCAGUACUCGCCGUCCUGCGAGGAUACGUCCAGCUCCUGCUCCUCCGACAACGACUCCGUGUUCACCCACGACGCUCUGUCGACGGACCCGUGUCUCCUGGGCUACCAGGACGUCCUCUCCCGGACAGACGUGAAGACGGCGCUCCGAUAGACGUGCAGCUCCUGCCGUGUGCACCCAGGAACACACUGGUGGCCACACUGGACGUCCACAGCAGCAUUUUCUCAUUUUAAGUUAAGGCUUUUCUCCUUUUACUUUGGACCUCCAUUUUGGCACCAGACAAAAGCCCUUAGAUAAAGGUGGGCAUCUGUUACACACACACACACACACACACACACACACGUGCACGUGGAGCACUGAAGCCUGUGAAGCUUCAUGACUUGUUCUGGAGUUCUGUAGGAAAACUGUUUAGAAGAAUGAGCAGAAGAAAAAGACGACAAACACAACGUGGUACUUUGGACUAUCAGCUCUGGCACUGUUCCCGAGAACAGCUGUAAAGUUGGAAAAAAAAACUGUGGCACUAAAAACCCAACGGAAGAGGCCGUGGUACUCACAACAGCUUCAUAUGCUUUCUAUGGUCAGUUCUCCUUCAGCGAGGAACUCUUCACACAAACUCAGCCCAAAAACCAGGGCACCAAAAACCCUGCGUGAAAAAGAGACAUUAAAAAAAAAAAAAAAAAAAAAAAAGAUUUAUUUUGCUAUGAUAAAAAAAGAACUGAUUGUUAAAUAUAAAUCUCUCUAUAUAAGAUUAUUUUACUUUUGUGUUGCUUAUUUAAAAAAGAAAAGCGGUCUUAAAUCUCAGGAUCUCUCGUGCUAAGAAGUUGCUGCAGCAUCGGCAACAAAGUGCCUGAAGUUAUAAUUUCCUGUGAAUAUAUUUGAAUAUUAAAACUAUUGUAUGUACAUAUCAGCAACAGAUAGAUGAUUUGCCUUUUUAUAAAUUAUUGUGAAUGACACAAAAAUGAAGGUUACUGGAGGCAAAAAGACGAGGAGAGGAGUUUUUUUUUUACGUGCCAAACGUCUCAUUCCAAAAACACUGCCACGGUCCAUUCAGCUGAUGUGAAGCAUUUUCUCAUCACUGUCUAUAAACAGCGGGUAUCGUGAUUGUUUGCUUAUUUUUCCACUGACAACUUAAGCCUCAGAUAUUUGUGGGGAAAAAGAAAGAAAGAAAAUAUGGAUCAACUUCAGCUUUUUUUUUGGAAUGAAACAGUCGUAAUUUGUGGGCAAAAAAUCCCAGAGGGGGCGCGGCUCAGUUAUUGUUGUUGUUGUUGUCUGAAGAAAAUCACAAAUUUACAUUUAAAUUGGGGGGGGGUUGCACAGCUUCUCAAAAAGUUGCUGACAUGUUUGAAAUGCGGUUUCACUCGGUCUCCAAACCCCCCCCCCCCCCGAGGUCCUCAGACGUUCUCAUCUCUGACACAGCAUCUUGUGGUUUUCCUCCCAACAACAACAACAACAACAACAACAAUAACAACAACAACAAUAACAGCCGCCGCCGCUGUACUCGGCCUCUGCCUUCAUCAUCGCUGCAUUGUCACAGACAGUGUGUCCACAGUGGGACACGCCCUAAUGGUGAGGACUGACGAUUCAGCGUGAGGACUCUGUGGGGAACUUGGCCAGGCCCACUGUCACUGUUGACAAGGAGGGGGGAGGAGGGUGGGAGGUGGACACUGAAUGUGAAAGCCAGUGUGAUUGAUUUCAAAUAGAGUAGAAGGGGGAGGGAGCCUCCUUUGUCUGCCUCUAACCCCUCACCCAUCCCAAUCUGUUGGUGAGGGGUCCUCAGGUCUGCAGCCUGGCUGGACAAUGAAGGCUUUGCAGGCUUAAUGGGUGCGACUAUGGACCAGGGGGAGUUUUUGGGGGGUGCUGGUGGUGGUGGUGGUGGUGGUGAGGGGAUAGCUUGGGCUUGUGUGCAAAUGAAGAGGCUCUUAUUAUGCUAAUGUGUCCUCUUCUCCACUAAAAACGCCCCUAUCUUUAUCCAGGGCCACCGUCUUUUAAAUUACAAUUCUUAAUUCUUGUGUGCAGAGGCUGGUUUUCCCCCGUUCACCUCCUGAAAAACACAGAGUUAUCAUUCAGAGAUGUGACUGUGAUGUCACUGUGAUGUCACUGUGAUGUCACUGUGAUCAGAUUCUGUGAAAUCUGUCUUCCUGGAAAAGACAACACUUAGCAAACGGUCAAAUGUGAAAGCACGGUUUAAACACACGUGGAGUUGUGAUGAUUGUUAAAAAAGAACAUGUCAUUAUCACAUGCUGUAUCACUCCAUCAGUCGCUUUAGCUUCUUUUUUUUGUCUGUCAGAUGGUUCAAAGGUUAAAGUCCAAACAUGAAGAAGGGUUUCAUUCCAUUCACCCAGUCUUCGACUCAAAGAAGGAUUCUUGUAUCUACGCUGCUCAUUCGUUUGCAUCACGUGGUGACAGCUGCUGUCGCUGAUGGAGAUGUGUUUGGUUUUAUUUUGGAAUGAAGCUCUUCACAUUUUACAUGAAGUGUUUUUUUUUUGCAUUCUUACAUUCCAGCUUUUUUUUCCCCCAGAAACAACAAAAAUGUAUACAAUCACAAUGUUCUUAAACAUUUCCUCAAGAGAAAUUAUUUUAGAAAUAUCUAAUUUAUUUGUUUAUUGUUUUGUUUUUAUAUGAAAUAAAGUAUAAUUUAAAACAGAA